UCCCCCGUGUAAGAGUGAGGUGGAGGAGGACAUUCCAGAAGCUGUCACCACAGAAAUUCCCAGGAAGAAUUCUGAAGAAAAUGUCAUGUUAUCACUACAGACUGAAGAUAUCAUGCAGCACUCUUCAGGAGAAAACUUAAUUACCCUUAAUUACCCUGUACAUCCAGGACUUCACAGUAGAGAUCUAUCAUAUAAUCCCCCUAAUCAUGAGGAAUGUUUUGACCAAUCAUAUAUUGUAACCUCAUGUACAGGUCAAAAAGGGGGUAAAAGGUUUCAAUGUGGUAAAGAGUUCACAAAAAGUUUAGGGCUUUCUACAUAUGGAUUUCACACAGGAGAGAAGCCAUACUCCUGUUCAGAAUGUGGGAAGUGCUUUACAGAUAAAUCAAAUCUUGUUAAACAUGAGAGAAUUCACACAGGAGAGAAACCAUAUUCAUGUUCACAUUGUGGUAAAUGUUUUACACAAAAAUCUAAUCUUGUUACGCAUCAGAAAUUUCACACAGGAGAGAAGCCAUAUGCAUGUUCAGAAUGUGGGAAAUGCUUUACACAUAAAUCAAAUCUUGUUACACAUAAAAAAAGUCACACAGGAGAAAAGCCAUAUGCAUGUUCAGAAUGUGGGAAAUGCUUUACUAAUACAUCAGAUCUUGGUAAACAUGAGAGACGCCACAAAGGAGAGAAGCCAUAUUCCUGUUCAAAAUGUGGGAAAUGUUUUAAACAAAAAUCAGAUCUUGUUAUACAUGAGAGAAUUCACACAGGAGAGAAGCCAUUUUCAUGUUCAAAAUGUGAGAAAUGUUUUACACAAAAAUCAGAUCUUGUUAUACAUGAGAGAAUUCACACAGGAGAGAAACCAUAUUCAUGUUCAGAAUGUGGCAAAUGUUUUACACAGAAAUCAAAUCUUGUUACACAUAAGAAAAUUCACACAGGAGAGAGGCCAUAUUCAUGUUCAGAAUGUGGGAAGUGCUUUAGAGAUAAAUCAAAUCUUGAUACACAUAAGAGACGUCACACAGGAGAGAAACCAUAUACAUGUUCAGAAUGUGGAAAAUGUUUUGCAGAUAAGUCGGGUCUUAUGAAACACGAGAGGAGAAGUCACACAGGGGAGAAGCCGUAUUCAUGUUCAGAAUGUGGGAAAUGUUUUACAGAUAGAUCAAGUCUUGUUAAACAUGAACGAAUUCACACAGGAGAAAAGCCGUAUUCAUGUUUACAAUGUGGGAAAGGCUUUUCAGAUAAAUCAAAUCUUGUUAUACAUGAGAAACGUCACACAGGAGUGAAGCAUUGACUUCUAACGUAAUAAAAUAUUUUAAUUAACUCCACCCCCUUGUGUUAUUGUAGAGAACUAAAUUAGGGAGAGACACUACUGCCGUUAGGACGAAGGGAAAAAAGAUUAACGUUAGACAUCAAUGCUUUCCUUACGUCCUACCAGCAGCACAAUAAUGGGGAAUUAACUAGAAGGGCUGAUUUUAGGCAUCUCAUUUAGGGCUGCCCACCACUGCAAGUUUAUUGGUCUAAAGUAUUUCAUAUGACUAAUGUUAAAACUGGUCUGAAUUGUCCUGCUUCAUUUGAUAUUGCGAUGCAUAGUGAGCUUGGUAAUUUGUCGUAAUUGGGGUGAAAGUGCACCCCGAUAUCACAUAUUCUACUUGCCAGAAUCACUGUCUCCAGAUUUUGGUGCUCUAACAAAGUGCCCAUUAAUGGUGAAUGGGAGUCCUUGGUGAGUAAAGUUAAAAGCCAUGAGAAAAUGUAUAAUCAUAGUAAGAAUCUGUCACAUCAAUGGAUAAAGAUAUGGGGUAGCUGGAUAUAAGUCUCUUCUGUCUCCCUUUUUUUUCCUCUCUCUCUUUCAUCUCUCUUCUGAAUGGCCUCGCUACAAAAAGAUUAGUGGGUGAGAUAUUUGUAAUGUUUUGAUUUGAAAUAGAUAAUUUUGUGAAUAAUAAAGUACUAAAAUAUUCU